AUGGCUGAGGGCGAGGAGGAUUUCUCCUCUCUACCAUUGCCAGAACGCUUCGCUCACAAGAACUGGAAAGUGCGAAAAGAAGGUUACGAAGAUGCGAAGGCACAAUUCGAAAAGACACCCGACGAGUCUGCACCCGUAUUCACGCCAUUUCUACAGGACCCCGGAAUAUGGAAAGGCGCCGUGGCAGACUCCAAUGUCGCGGCCCAGGUGGAAGGAUUGGGUGCCUAUUGCGCCUUCUUGAAAUUCGGUGGAGUGCAGGCCUGCACGAGGAGUCGUCCAUACACCGUCGGCCCAAUCGCAGAAAAGGGCCUUCCCUGCGCCAGACCAGCAGGCAAAGCUAGCGCCCAGGAAGCCCUUUUGCUUUGUGUUGAGCUGGACAGUGCCGAUGCUGUCCUUGAAGAUCUUCUCCCCGUUAUAUCCCACAAAGUACCCAAGACGAUUGCCGGCGCUCUCGCCGCUUUGACGAUACUAUACCACAACUUUGGCUGCAAGAUUGUAGAUCCCAAGCCCACACUCAAAGCACUUCCUAAGGUGUUCGGUCACGCCGACAAGAACGUCCGAGCCGAGGCACAAGGGUUGACAGUCGAGUUGUACCGAUGGCUACGCGAAGCAAUCAAGCCUCUCUUCUGGUCUGACCUGAAGCCAGUGCAGCAGCAAGACUUGGAGAAACUGUUUGAGAAUGUCAAACAGGAGCCCUCGCCCAAGCAGGAACGAUUUACUCGAGCCCAACAGGAUGCCAUGGCUGCUGCAAGCGCAAAUCCGGCAGCCAGCGAUGGUGGAGAUGACCAGGGUGGGGAAGAAUUUGCGGAGGAGGAAGCAGAGGAGGUGGACGUCUUUGAUCUGGCCGAACCUGUGGAUGUGAUGCCCAAAAUUCCCAAAGAUCUUCACGACCAGCUUGCUUCCUCCAAGUGGAAAGACCGCAAAGAAGCCUUGGACGCUUUGUACACCGCGGUGAAUGUCCCACGAAUCAGAGAUGGACCCUUUGACGAGAUUGUGAGGGCCCUUGCCAAAUGCAUGAAAGACGCCAACAUCGCAGUCGUCACUGUCGCCGCGAAUUGCGUUGAUCUCUUGGCCAAGGGUCUUCGCAACGGAUUCCUCAAGUACCGAUCGAUCAUUAUGGCGCCUAUGCUAGAGCGCCUGAAGGAAAAGAAGCAGUCCGUGGCUGACGCAUUAGGCCAAGCUUUGGAUGCGGUAUUCAUGUCGACAGAUCUUUCCGAAUGCUUGGAGGAGAUCCUCGAGUUCCUCAAACACAAGAACCCGCAGGUUAAGCAGGAGACCCUCAAGUUCUUGAUUCGAUGCCUUCGCACGACUCGCGUUGUGCCUUCUAAGCCCGAUAUCAAGGCCAUUGCUGAUGCGGGGACCAAAGCAAUGACCGAGUCCACAGAAGGCCUUCGAUCCGGCGGUGCGGAGAUCCUCGGUACCCUGAUGAAGAUCAUGGGCGAAAGGGCCAUGAAUCCCUAUCUCGAAGGUCUGGAUGAUAUUCGGAAGACGAAGAUCAAAGAGUACUUUGAAACGGCAGAGGUCAAGGCCAAAGACCGACCAAAGCCGAUCGUUGCACCUCCAAAGCCCGCUGCCCCUGCCGGUCGAAAAGUCGCUCCAGGUAAGAAGCCUGCGUUGGGGACAAAGAGACCGGCUCCAGCGGCUGCAGCUCCUCCGGCAGCGGAAGAGCCGCCAGCCAAGGUAGCGCCUCGGGGAGUUGCCUCCAAGCUUGGAAAACCAGGUCUGGCUCCCCCUAGCAGCGCGGGCAUGAAGCUACAGCGCAAGCUAGGCGGUCCCGGCGGCCUGGCUUCGCCGCAGAGACGAGUUGCGACUCCUCCGACAGAAGACGCAGCGCCAGCUCCACCCGCGGCUCCCAAGUUUGGCCUCGGUCGUGGCCUCGCUGGUCGUCCCAUCGCCAAGCCGGCCGCGCCAGUCGAGCCCGCUCCAGUUCCUGCUGCCCCAGCAGUGAACGCUAUGUCGGCAGCGGACCGUGCCGAACUGGAGGAGCUGCGAGCGGAGAAGGAGAGUUUCUUGCGUACGAUUGAUGAUCUGAAGAAUGAGCGGUCGAAAUAUAAUUCCCAGAUCACCGAGCUCCAGAAUCAGAACGCGCAGUUGAUUGAAGACCACACCAGAGAUGUCUUGAGCAUCAAGGCCAAAGAAACACAACUGGUUCGCGCACGCAGUGAUGCCGAGGCCGCUGAGCAGAAUGUGCAAAAACAACAACGCGAGAUCGAGCGGCUGAAGCGUGAGCUGGCGCGCGCUCUCCGUGCAUCGGCCAUUAGUCCUCCCAAUGCCGGCUCCGAGGCUGGCAGUCUCGGUCUAUCCGACUCUGCGUCAAUUUAUCAAGAAUCUGUCAGCAACGGACAUGCCGCCCGCUCGGGCCUGCAUCUUCAAUCUCGCUUCGACAACAGUCGUCCCCGAAGCUACGUGUCUGCCACUCCCAGCGAGGAGAAGGAAAACACCGGUCUGGAGUCUCCAGGUGGUCUUGGACCCCGAGAGGGUAGUGGAUUUGGUCUUGGGCGCCGGAAGCUCAGCCCUACGUACGGAUUGUCUGGCCUUGGUAGCCCGACGCGGUCAUCUCGAAGCUCAGCGCAUGCUACUGACGACGAAUCUGCACACCGGUCUGUAGAACCUGCGGAGAAUUGGAAGCGUGCUGCGGAAGUGACCAGUCAACUGAAGGCGAGAAUCGAGCAAAUGAAGGCUCGACAAGGGCUAUCUCGACCCCCCGCACAACGCUAA